UACCCCGCGGGAAAUAUUUGUUUGUUGUAAAGAAAGUGCAUCAAAUGGGGAGAUAGGUAUUUAUCCACACUUGAUGAGGCGCAAUGCAAAUUUCACGAAGGUGGAACAUAUUAACACAAAAAGAGCCGAACAUGUAUGUUUGUGUGUGAAAAAUUGUGAGUUUAAAGAAAACUGCAAUUAUUGCAUUUUUAAGCUCCAAUUCAUUUCAAUAUUGCAUCUCACUAUAAUUUGUUCCACAUUCAAUAUCCAUCCAUUCUUAGGCAUCAUCUUCGUGUAUUUUUUUUCUUUUCUCUCAUCUGCACACACUUGAGGGCCUUUUUUUUUCUUCUCGUCCAUUGAUUCAACACAACAAAUGAGAAAUUUUUGCAUCGUGCUGGGUGUCUACACAAUUUUUCAGUUCAUUUUGAGCUUUCCUUGUUGAAAGACGAAAUUAGAGACCACUCGCUGGUCAUACGGAGCUAACAAUCAAGUUAAUAUUAUUUUUUUUUCGAGGGAGAACAAGAGGCGUUACUUAAAUUGUUACUUUGUGUGUACAAUUUUGAUAAAUUGUGUCCUUAAUAUCACACAUUUGAGCUAAAUAAAGACAUGUUAUCCAGCUUGAUCAUUGAGUGGAUAUCAAGUGUUAAUUGUGAAUUGAUUGAACAGAGAAAAAAGUGAAUGAGAGUGCUUUUGGCAGAAACGAUCAUUGGAAUAACAUAAAAAUGCCUAAAAAAUAAAUAUUUUUGCAUCUACUCUCCCGUACUGUACACAAUCCAUCAUCGUUCUAAAUCAAUGUUGCACCUUUAGUAUAGAUGAGAACGAGAAGAAGGAAAAAAACAACAGACUUUAAGAGACGAAGAGAAUACAUUCCUUGUGCGUUGUGUAUGUGUGUUGUGUGAAAAAAUAAUUUGAGACAGCACAAAUGUGAUUUAACAACUCUACCUUCAACCGGUUUCUUGAGCCAAGAGACACAUCUUCCACAAGACAAAUCCACCAGGGCAAAGGCGAAGUGGAGGAGAACCAAAAGCACAUAAGAGGAAGGAAGGGAACAAAAAAAGAGCCACAAAAGAGAGACAGAAGGAAAAGAAGAAAAAAAAAGAAGAGAUAAUACACAAAAGUGGAGUUCACGCUCGUGAUCGCGAUCGCUAUAUUUCUAGUUUAGUAUGGCUCGUCAGCCAGCUAAGUCGGCCCCCCUAUUGCUGGCGACGUUGGCCACACUCCUCAACUUCGUCACACCAUCCGACUACUAUUCUGUGUCUGUGGAUACAAGUGAUAUCAACACGGUGAAUAGCAAUUAUCCAAAAUUCGGUGAUCGUAUCUCACCACGGCAUCGAUACAGUGCUGAAGAUCGGACAAGUGUUAAUAGUAGUGCAUCAAGUGGUAGUGUUAGGGAUCAUCCUAAGAAUAUAACUCACCUCCAUCGGUUGAGUUCAAAUGACAUUGGGCGUAAAAGUGAUGAGUACUCCAAUGAGAUUGAUCCUAUCUUUGCGGACAAUCAAAUUGAGAGCAAUGUGUCAUCAGCCCAGGCGCAUCGUCUUGAGAUGUCCACGGAAUUUUUCGUGGUACCACCAACUGUGCCCUCAACCAGUCGUUACCCAUCUGUGCGAUCAUCAGCCUCUUUUGGCGGCAUGAUCCUCACGGCCAAGACCACGUCUGAAGCCGCUAGUGGCAAUAUUACACCACCCACAAUUGUACCCACCCACUCAAUGGGCCUGAGGAAGGAACCAUGGGUGGUGCCAGUAUUGAUCCUCUCAUCCCUGGCCAUGAUCAUGAUGGUGGCAUUUGAGGUGUUUGUGCUGUGCAAAGUAUGGCGAACAUCACCGAGUCGGAGGCAUCUGUUCCUCGGUCAGAUGCUCCUCCUGGGACUCUUUGCCUGUGCUGGACUCGCAGCCAUUGUCACAUCUACACCUACAGUGGUGUCCUGUGCAAUUGUUCGCUUUGGUUCUGGAGUAGCCUUUGCCCUGGUAUUUGCCUCCCUCCUGGUUAAAUGUGUAUUCCUGAUCAGCUUGAAUGGGGGAGUAUAUCUUCCUGCACCAUACCAGGGGCUUCUGUUGCUCUUUGCUGUUCUCAUUCAAGUGGCUGUGAGUUCCCAAUGGCUUCUAACAUCACCACCAGAAGUCAUUUCAUCCCCUAUCAAUCGCUACACUAUCAUCCUGGCCAACUCCAAUACGCCCAUCCAACAAUCUGUUCACCUCUGUCGCACUCCUUUCUCUGAGCAUCUUCUGUCUCUCAUCUACGUGGUCUUUCUGAUCCUCUUCGUGGCUGUGCUGGCCAUUAAAUCCCGUGGCAUUCGCGACAAUUACCGUGAAGCCACAUACAUUGGUCUGGCCAUUGGGGGAAGUAUCCCAAUCUGGCUGGGAUGGACUCUCUGUGGAUUGGCUGUGGCUGAGAGACAUCGUGACGCUUGUCUGGCUUUUGGACUCAUUGCCACUUCAGCUACAGUCUUCCUGGUGAUGUUCAUGCCCAAAGGACGCCAAUUGGCUGCCAUGGGCAAGGAAGGACUGUAUAUGGAGGAUCGAGAGGAACGAUGCAGUUCACUGAGUCGUACAGCAUCUGGAUACUCACCGUCAUUCUUCCACUUUAAGCCCAUCAAAUAUGGGGUGAUGGGAAACAAUUCAGGGAAUAAUACAGCAACGGGCGAGGGAGGAAGAUCAGCUGGUGGAAGUAACCAGAAUGCCAAGCAUCAGGUCAUCGCUACUUUGGGAGGAGGCGCCGAUAUGAAUUAUCGCAUGUAUGAUUACUUUCGAGCACAUUUGACUUAUCCCUUUUGUUACUAUCUCCCCAUCGCAACACAAAUUCCACCACAAAUUCUACCACUUCACCAAUAUAACCACAAUUGGUAUCCAGGUGCAGGGCUGUUUAUGCGACCCGAUGAUGCAAAUGUUUACACCACAUUGGAGCAAACACUGAGUAGCAAUCCAAAUGUAUAUUUUCAAAGAAGUGGCGGAGUCCAUCCUGGAAUGAUGUACUGAAGAAAUUUUCUCCUAUUCUUAAGUCAAGACCUAUUUUUUUUGUGUAAAAAAAAAACCUUCGAUAUGAUAGCAAUUGUAUCAUGACUGAAACUGUUCAUUUUGUUGCCUACAAACGAAUAGACACUGUAAUUAGUAAUCUUUUUUUCUUUACAAUUAAGUUCCAGAAGCCACACACUUCAAAAAAGAAUGUGUUUGUAUUUUUUUUCUAAGAAAGUUACACUUUUUUUUACGUCUCAAUUGUAUAAAUAAAUAAUAAUUAAAAAA